AUGCAUGGCUCCCAUAAGGUUACUAAUGCUCCGCGGAGAAAGUGCAAGCUGCUAUGGAGAAAUGUAGUUUUUAGUGUUUUAAAUCCUGAAGUGUUUAGUCAGCCUAAGACUGCCGCACUAGAGAACUGUUAUCUUUUUAACCAUUCACUCUUACCUGUUUUCCAGAGAACAGAUUUGACCUCUGAUAAAGACUUAUACCUUGACAACAGCUCCGUUGAAGAAGCAUCAGGCGUCUAUCCAAUUGAUGAUGAUGAUUAUUCUUCUGGGUCAGGUUCAGGUGCUGAAGAAGAGGAGGACAGCGCGGUAAUAACAUCCAGAACGCUUCCAAAGAUACCAACAACUAAUGAUGUGUUGAGAGCUGAGAUGACCACAAUGAAAAUGCAGACUAAGAUGCCAGCACAGACAAAGUCACCUGAAGAAAUUGGUAAAGAGGAAAGGCCUGAGACGGAUGCCAAGAAAAAUAGUGAUGAGCCAGGAGAUGACACCGACGUGUUCACUGAGAAGCAUUCAGAAAACCUUUUUCAGAGAACAGAAGUUCUGGCAGCUGUUAUUGCUGGUGGAGUUAUCGGUUUUCUUUUUGCAAUCUUCCUUAUCCUGCUGUUGGUAUACCGCAUGAGAAAGAAGGAUGAAGGCAGCUACGAUCUUGGGGAACGUAAACCAUCUAGUGCUGCCUAUCAAAAGGCACCUACUAAGGAAUUUUAUGCAUAAAAUUCCUAUUUAGUGUCUCUAUUUAUGAGAUCACUGAACUUUUUUAAAUAAAGCUUUU